UUUGAGAUAUCCUGCAAACAAGCCUCGGAAUUACUAAACCGACCACAGACCUUGACGGCCUGUCUACUAUGGAAUGUGAUUUAUAAUCUCUAUAUAAGUCCACUAUCAAAGUUUCCAGGCCCCAAACUAGCAGCAUGUACAUACAUUCCAACAGUGUACUGGGCAGUCACAGGACAAAACCACACCAAGAUGAAGAAACUCCACGACGAAUACGGGGAUACGGUGAGAGUCGGACCCCAAAGACUUGUCUACCGCAGCCCACAGGCCUGGAAAGACAUUUACGGCCACCGCAAGUCAGGAGCAGGGUCAUUCAUCAAAGAUCCCAAAUUCUACGUACGAGGCCCGACGGGACCUAACAUACUCAAUGCAGACGAUGCAGACCAUUCGAGAGAAAGGAGAUUGCUCUCUCAUGCCUUUUCUGAAAAAGCACUCCGCGAGCAAGAAAGUCUAGUCCAGACUUAUGUCGAUCUACUGGUGGAUCGAUUGAAUGGACAGAUCGCAGCGGGGCGUGGCGCGAUCGACAUGUGCCGGUGGUACAACUACACCACGUUUGAUAUUAUCGGAGACCUGGCUUUCGGCGAGCCAUUUGAUUGUCUAAAAGAUAGCAGAUAUCACCCAUGGGUGACGAUGGUUUUCUCCAGUGUGAAAGGUGGUGCGCUGCUUCAGCCUCUGCAGAUUUGGCCUUUCCUCGCACCGAUUGUGAAACUGCUACUUCCUAAGCGGGUCAUGAAGAAUCGCGAGGAACAUUUCACCAUGAGUGCAGAGAAAGUUCAUCGUCGACUGGAGACUAAAACCGAGAGACCGGAUUUUAUGACGUAUGUGCUGCGCUACAAUGAUGAUCGUGCAAUGAGUGCAAAAGAGAUGGAGGCAAAUGCGGCCUUAUUGAUUAUUGCGGGGAGCGAGACGACCGCCAGCUUGCUCUCGGGUUUUAACUAUUAUCUCGUUCAAAACCCAGCGAUAUACAAAAAGCUCGUGGAGGAGAUUCGAAGCACCUUCCAGUCGUAUGAUGAGAUUGAUUUCCUGGGCGUGAGUAAAUUGACAUACAUGAAUGCGGCCCUGGAAGAGGCUCUGCGGGUCUACCCGCCCGUUCCAGCGGUGAUUCCGCGUAUCGUGCCAAAGGGAGGCUCACUUAUUGAUGGAGAAUUUGUUCCAGAAGGGGUCUCUGUCUCCGGUGCACACUACUCGACCUACCAUGCCGCGUCCAAUUUCACUGAACCAGAUUCCUUCAUCCCAGAGCGAUGGCUAGAGGACCGAGAGAAGCGCUUCGAGUCGGAUAACAGAUCAUGCCUUGCCGCGUUUUCACUCGGACCCCGUAACUGCAUAGGAAGAAACCUGGCCUAUGCCGAAAUGCGCCUCAUUGUGGCCAAAGUUUUUUGGAGUUUUGAUAUGACGAUUGAUGAAAGUUCAAAGGACUGGAAUAUCCAAAAGUCGUAUAAUAUCUGGGAGAAGAAGCCACUGAUGAUGCACUUGACGCACGCUCAGCACUAG